GCCACCUUGUAAAAGCUGGAAGAGUCUCGACUGGGGAGUAUAUAUAGAAGAGAAGUGCCCAACUAAGCAAGUUUAGGGCGUAACAGAAGAAACGAAGCCGGAGAAGAGGGCAGUUCUACAGGAGGACCUAAAAGGAGGAGAAAUGGAUCGGUACCAGAGAGUGGAGAAACCCAGAGCAGAUACACCCAUAAGUGAGAAUGAGAUACGGAUAACUACUCAAGGGAGAAUGCGCAACUAUAUCACUUACGCCACUGGUUUGCUUCAGGAAAAAGGCUCUGAUGAGAUUGUCUUUAAAGCAAUGGGCAGAGCUAUCAACAAGACUAUAAUGAUCGUGGAGUUGAUUAAGAGGAGGAUUGCUGGUCUUCACCAGAUAACAUCAAUUGGAUCUACUGACAUUACUGAUACAUGGGAACCCCUAGAGGAAGGCCUUCUUCCUCUGGAAACGACAAGGCAUGUGUCAAUGAUUACAAUUACUCUGUCAAAGAAGGACCUUGAUGCAUCCUCGAUUGGGUACCAGUCUCCAUUGCCAGCUGAUCAGGUUAAACCUUGGACAGAGUUCGAUUAUGAAGGAGACGGGUCACCUCGUGCUUCUGGCAGGGGUCGGGGACCUCGUGGUGGUCGAGGAAGGGGAAGGGGUGGAAGAGGGAAUGGCUUUGUGCCUGGUGAUGAUUAUGGAGAAGGUGGUGGUUGGGACAGGGGUCGCGGCUUCCCCCGGGGUGGUUGGGGUCGUGGAAGAGGUCGUGGGUUCCGUGGCCGUGGAAGGGGUGGGUACAACGGUCCUAGAGAAGAGACCGAGCUAGAUGGUGGAGGAUAUAACAAUGAAGCACCUCAAGGCCGAGGACGUGGUCGUGGGCGAGGAGGCCGGGGAAGGGGUCGUGGCUUUAGAUCAAAUGGUCCGUCCCAUAUUGCUGCUGAUGCUGCUGUUGGAAGCGCAUAAUUGGCCCAUCCUCUUUAGAUUCCAACGCCAAUUUGGAUGUUAAUGAAGUGUUUUGAAUGGCUGCUCAUCUUUUGCUACAUGUUUAGGCUCUUUUUAUCUUCCUAGAAUAUGUGUAAUGUAUCGACCCUGAACCAACGAUAUGUAAUGCUUUCCCGAAUUUCCCUUGGUAGAAUAUAGAUGAACAGUAGGUGCUACAAUUAACUAAAUGUAGAUCCCCCCUCCCUAACUCAGGCCUGAGCAGUACAUUCUUCAAUUUUUGUAAUUUUCUCCUAAAUCGACGGUUCAGUGGUUGAUUAAUCUUUCUCAAAUCUUGUUUGCUUUUGGAUAACAUUAACAUGGUAUUCUCAAGUUUUUCCCCCUUGUUUUCAA